UUAAUGUUGAAAUAAGGCUAAUCAAUGCUAGAAAAUCAGCAACCAUAUUAGUAUUUUUCAUUUGACUUUAGAAGAACCCAUGAAUUUUUGGCUUUCAUUUUAUACCUAUGAAACGAUCUAUCGAUGAGAGAGCUUGGCUGUUAUGACCACUGAGAACUGUUUACCUCAAAAUCAUCCAUAAGUAUCCUUGUACCUUGGGAUUGCUGUGGUUUUGGAAUUAUAAAUUUAAGACAAUGUACCCUGGAGGUUACACGGCUGAAAUUACGAGCUUAUCUCCAAAAGCUACCGAGAAGGAUCUUUGUGACUUUUUCGCAUACUGUGGUGCAAUUGAGCAUAUUGAAAUUAUCAGAUGUGGCGAAUAUGCAUGUACAGCUUAUGUGACAUUUAAAGAUGCCUAUUCGCUCGAAACUGCUGUCUUACUCAGUGGAGCUACAAUUGGUGAUCAGUCCGUAUGCAUAUCAAAGUGGGGUUCGUAUGGUGAUGAUUCAUAUCCUUGGGAUAGUUCUACAUGGAAGACUGAAGAGGAUACUAGCUCUUCGGUUACUCAUAUGCACCCAUUUGUUUCUAGUCCUGGAGAAGCGGUGACUGUUGUCAAAACAAUGCUAGCCAAGGGAUAUGUUUUAGGCAAAGAUGCUCUUAUCAAGGCCAAAGACUUAGACGAGUCCUAUCGGGUCUCGGCUACUGCGGCAGCCAAAGUUGCUGAGCUUAGCAAUAGAAUCGGCCUUACUGAUAAGAUUAACACUAGCAUGGAAACUGUAAAAUCAGUGGAUGAGAAGUAUCAUGUUUCGGAUAUCACCAAAUCAGUUGCAUCAGUUACCGGGACUGCAGUGGUAACAGCUGCAAGUUUUACAGGGAGAACCGCUGUAGCAGCUACCAAUGCCGUAGUCAAUAGCAGCUAUUUUGCCAAGGGAGCACUUUGGGUUUCUGGCAUGUUGAACCGUGCAGCUGAAGCGGCCGCUGAUCUGGGUAAACAUGGAAACAAACAAACACACACCUAGUUAAGUGCACGGUCCUUUCCCAUGCGUAGAAAUAAUAAAAUACUCGUGUCUGUUUCAUACCGGUCUAGUAUACGCUUCCGUACAUUGACAAGAACUAGAAAGUUUAGUUAGAUGGGUGUAAAUGUGAGAUUUAUUGGUCACUGUUAUCGAUUGUUUGUUCAUUUAACGAGAUGGGGUUUGCUGAAGAAAUUCACCCCUGCCCCAUAUAAAACGUAACGGAAUAUAAAAAGAUAAUAUGAACAUGAGAUGAUCUUACGCCGAAUGCGUGUUUUGGGAUCCCUUUUUGUUAGAUACUAUAUUAUUGAAUAAGAAUACAGAACAAAUUGAAAGA